AUGGGCCAAGAGUACUUUUCGUCCAAGGGAAUGUCCCCAAAGGGACACCACGAUGAGCAAGAUGACGAUCACGACGCAGCCCCGACUUCCUAUGCCGGCGCCGGGAGCAGCGGUCGGCCAGGCUAUGUAACCGUUGGGAAUGGCUCGACAUCGCAUCACGCCGCACGACUACAAUCACUACUUGACAGCGACUCGGGAUAUGGUGGAAGCACAGUUGGCAAUGAUAUUGGAUCCCCAAGGCUACCCAUGGGAUCUCCACGAACCGAUCCGAGUCGGGGAGACAUGCCACUCCAGACGUCUACGGGCCACGGCGAUACCGACCGAAGAAACCAAGCCGCUGCCAUCCACCAACUGUGGUAUAACCAACAGCGCCUAUCGCUUCGGCGCUCCAUAAACAAAGUCGUCGAACUGCUGAAGGAGCUGCAGGAAAACAAUGCCACGUGGCCGGCGCAUUACCCGUCGGUGCAAACAGCUGACAGCAGCUCCUCUAGCAGAGAGAGGCCCUCGUUCCGUCCAGGUUUCCACCACACGCAAUCAAUGUCAAUAGGAGGCGAGCCGUCAUCAUCACAGCACCCGGGACACCUACGCAGAGCCGCGACAACCCUGGAUAACCACAGCACCGCUGAAUCAAGCAAAGACGCAGAGAACAAAGCCGCCUCCGAACCUCGAUUGAUGUCACCUCAAAUUGCGCAGGAGUUCUCCGUUUUGAAGCUGGACCUUAAACUCGGCGCUCUGCACCAGGCCGAGUUGGUCCAUUCUCUUGAGAAAGGGUCGAUCGCAUCGCUACUCGAUGGCAAGAUUAGUUCGAGUAUCAAGCACCUGCAGUCACUGGGAGAAAGAAUAGAGGACACGUCAAGUAAGGUUUUGGUCACUGGAGACCUGAACGCCGGAAAGUCAACAUUCUGCAAUGCCCUCCUGCGACGGAAAGUCCUCCCAGAGGAUCAGCAGCCCUGCACCAGCAUUUUCUGCGAAGUGCUUGACGCUAGAGAGAACGGGGGAAUCGAGGAGGUCCAUGCCAUUCACAAGUAUGCCGUAUACAACCGUCACGACGAGACCACGUACGAUGUCUUCAAACUCCAGGAGCUUGAGAAGAUCGUCAUCGACAAUAGCAACUAUAUGCAGUGCAAGGUCUACGUGCGGGAUGUUCGAUCCAUUGACGAAUCGCUGCUCAACAACGGCGUGGUUGACAUUGCCUUGAUCGACGCGCCGGGUCUCAACUCAGAUACGACCAAAACCACAGCUGUGUUCGCGCGACAAGAGGAAAUCGAUGUGGUCGUCUUCGUCGUCUCCGCAGCCAACCACUUUACCAUGUCGGCAAAGGAAUUCAUCUGGGCAGCCGCAGCCGAGAAAGCGUACCUUUUCAUUGUCGUUAACGGUUAUGAUGGCAUUCGAAACAAGGAACGUUGUCAGAAGAUGAUUCUGGAUCAGGUAUAUGGCCUCAGUCCACGGACCUUCAAGGAGUCAAGUGAACUCGUUCAUUUUGUCUCCAGCAAUGCCGUCCCCACAGCACCGCCACCUGGCGGCCCGGACGGAGGAGGCAGCGGAAGCUAUAGCGGAGGCGGCGGUGGAGAUGACCCCAAUGACCCGAAAGGUAAAGGGAAGGAGAAGGAGAAGGAGAAGAUCCAAGAUUUCGAGAAGUUGGAACAAUCCCUCCGUAGAUUUGUGUUGGAGAAGAGAGCCAAGUCCAAGCUUGCCCCAGCCAAGACGUACCUAACGAACAUCCUCAACGACGUCAAUGUACUCGCCACUGUCAACUCGGAAGUCGCCCAGUCCGAACUCGAUCGGGUCACACAAGAGCUACGAGAUCUUGAGCCUCUCCUUGAAUCAUCGACGAGGGCCAAGUCCGAGGUCAGCGACCAGAUCGACCAAACGAUCGAGGAAACCUGCAAAGGGAUCUAUGAUUACACAAGGAUGUCACUGAACUCCGCGAUUACCAAUAUAGGGGACAGAAACCUGGGUGUUCCAUACCAUGGAAUUUUUAGCGCCUUCGAAUAUGCGGAAGCCCUCAAGGACGAAAUGCUCUCUGAGAUCUCGGCUUCCGUCACUGCUUGUGAGGAGCACGCUCGCGUCCAGACUGUUGGCGGUGUGAAUGCCAUCAAGCAGCUCGGCAUUUUGCAUCUUGGCGACGAGUACCACGACCUCAACUUCCGUUCUGAUGUCAUGUUCCGAAGACGGAGGGAUGCUCUCGCCAAACAGGUCGAAAUCCCCACCGAACUUUGGGACUUCGUGGAUUGGUCAACUCUGGUGCAGCGGCAAGAGAAAGUUGCCGGUACUGGUAUGGCCCUGACUGUUGCAACUGCUGUCGGUGGCAGACUUAUUGGUGGAUACGGAUGGAUGGAUCACGCGUUGAGCGCAGCUAAAGUCCUCGGCAACGACAAUCUACGACGACUCAUCAUCCCUGGUAUCGUCGUAGCAGUCGUGUCCGCCACAGCCUAUGUGCUCCAACAAAUUCCACAAUCCCUGCCCCAUCGACUCUCGACCAAACUUUCUACACAGCUGCUAUCCAUUGAUUAUAUUCACUCCAACAGUACUCGCAUAUCCAGCUCAGUGCGCAAGGUCUUGCGAUUUCCUGCUGACAACUUGCGGGUUGGACUCGCUCGGUCAGUAGAGCAGUUAGGGGCCAAGCGGGACGAAACCAUGAAAGUCAGAGAAGAGAGCCGAGUCGCUGUGAAGUACUUUGGUAACCUCGUACGCGAAAGUGCCCAACAGCGUUCCACGGUUGACGCGGUCGACCUCGACGCACACCCGCAGGCUGUCGCUGGAGGCAUCAGCAUUUCCUAA